AUGCUGAUGACGCUACUCAAGACCGCGCCAGUGAAUCGUGGCAAGAUCGAUAAUCUUGCAGUAGCAAUCCUCCAUCGCCUGUCAAAUGUGGAUGAGCCGCACCCUUCCGGUCUGACACCUCAUGCCAACAAUCACCGCCUCAAUGACCCGCUCAUUCAGGUUGGGCCUAUGGGCGGGCCUUUAUUCUAUUGUGGCCAGAACCCCUUGCUCGCGCCUCUUGCGAACCGCUGA